UCUCCCACGCCUGCGUCCGCGCACCGCCUCAAUACGAUCGGCGACCGCGCUGUCGAAUGGUGGCUCGUAGGCCCGACCAAUGCUGUACAGUGAACAAGUGCUUGUGAACGUGUGAAAUUGUUUGUGAUAAUAUUCAGAUGCCAGUUCAGCGUGCAACAUGACGCGGGACAGUUACGAGAUGAACACCAAUCGGCUGUCACGAGGCGGCUCUCUGUUCGGAGCGGACCCCCAAGUACAAUUAAGAACAGCUCUCCGGACAAACGACUUUUUGACAUUCAAGAAACUCAUCAACGACGUUGACCUCGAAUAUGUUUAUCAAUAUCCAGACUACAAAACCUGUCUCGAAAUAGCUGUUUCCGAACCGAACAAAGAAAAUUUUGUGAAGCUAUUAUUACAACAUCAGGUUCAAGUGAAUAAUAUCAACGAAACCCAUGGUGCUGCUCCGAUUCAUUUCGCCGUGGACAGUGGUAAUAUUGAAGCAUUGAAAUUACUUUUAGAAGAUGACAGAAUUGAUGUAAAUACCAAAUGCAAAGGAAAUACAGCUUUGCUAAAGGCGAUAAAAAAGAUAGAAGACUUGGAGGAUCGUGAUCAAGAAUUAGCUUUGUAUGAAGAUAUGGUGGAACUACUUGUCAAAGCUGGCUGCAACGUUAACUCCCCAGAUUUGAAAGGUAUCACUCCCAUUUAUUCAGCUGCCAAACAGGGUCUGGAAAGAGUGAUCACUUCUAUUUUGGAUUACUCCAAAGAUCCAAUUGAUUUAGAUACAUACAAAGACAGAAGAGGCAAGACUGCACGUCACUUUUUGAAAGAAGCAUUUCCACAUCUCUUGGCAAAGUUUGAUGCCAAUACAGAAUCAAUAGAACAAAUUGACAGUGACAAAUUGUUUUCAUACCUUCACAGACACGAGGAAGAAAACUUCAUACGCGAUUUCCGUAAAUUAGUAAGUAAAAAUGAACACAGAUCUGCGUUUACUUCUAACAAUGGUAUGCACACCAUGCUACAAUUCGCCGUAGAAAAGGGAUUUGAAAAAGUAGUUGAAACUUUGCUUACUUAUGGUGCAGAUCCCAAUGUUACAUUUUCGGGAAAUAAUAGUCGCCCUGUGGCUAUUGCUUGCCAAAAUGGCUUUUCGAAAAUACUAAAAAUGUUUAUAGACAAUGAUUCAACUUUAUUUGACCCCAUCAAUGGAGAAUCGCUUAUUCAAAUAACUAUAAAAGGUAUGAGAUCCUACCAUAAAAAUCCGAAAUCAGAUUUUAAAGUAUGUUUGGAUUUGUUACUGAAACACCCUAAAAUUAAUAUCGACGUCAAUCAUUUGGACAUAAAGAAUAACACAGCAUUACACUAUGCCGCCAGAAAUGGUGACAGUGAUACAGUUUUAGAUUUACUGAGAAAAGGAGCAUGCAUUGGCUUAAGAAAUCAAUUUAAUGAGCCACCGUUGGCUGAUAUUAAUGCAAAAACACUGGAAACUUAUUUAGAUGAGUGUAUCACUACUAAUGGCGAACGACCAAGCGAUGACGAUUACGAGAUUCACAUGAAAUACAGCUUCUUGGUGUAUCCAAAUAACUCAUUUGAAAAUGAAUUAAAUACCCCAUUAAUUAAAACCUCUAACAAUAAUGUUAAAGAAUACGAUACAAUUCUUGCACCAGAAACGGAUGCUUUGUUAUAUAUGACAAGAAAUGAGGAGUUAAAACCACUUCUGAAACAUCCAGUAAUUACAAGUUUCUUAUAUCUAAAAUGGCAAAGAAUAAGUUGUUUAUUCUAUGGAAAUAUCACAUUUUACUCACUAUUUUGGUUAUCUCUCAUUCUUUAUAUUAUUUUGGGAUAUGGUGUCGAAAAGAAACAGUCAGAUUCUAUUGAAUUACUGAAUAUCGUCACUCAUGUUGGUGCUAUUGUUGGCCUUAUUGUUUUAGUGAUUCGUGAACUUUUUCAACUAUUGGUAUCCCCAACAAGAUAUUUGCAAAGCAUAGAAAACUGGAUGGAAGUAGCACUAAUAUUUGUGACAAUAUGGAUAGUGUGUUACGACUCAGCCCAAGAAUCAACAAAACAACAACUCUCGGCUGUUGCUAUUUUAUUAUCAUCUGCAGAACUGGUUUUACUUAUUGGUCAAUUUCCCACAUUGUCUACUAAUAUUGUAAUGUUGAAAACAGUUUCAUGGAACUUUUUCAAAUUCUUACUAUGGUACUGUAUUUUGAUCAUUGCUUUUGCAUUAAGUUUCUAUACUUUAUUUAGACAAGAAAUAAAAGAGGACCAAAUAGCGCCUAAUCCCAAUGAUACAGGCAAGGAUGAAGAAGAGGAAGACUUUUUUGAAGAUCCUGGUAGAUCCCUGUUUAAGACAAUAGUUAUGUUAACGGGUGAAUUUGAUGCAGGCUCUAUAAAAUUUAGUACAUUCCCCGUCACAAGUCACAUAAUUUUUAUUGUGUUCGUAUUUAUGAUUCCAAUUGUAUUAUUUAACCUCCUGAAUGGUUUGGCUGUCAGCGAUACUCAAGCUAUUAGAGCUGAUGCUGAAUUAGUAGGUCAUAUCUCCAGGAUCAAAUUAAUAUCUUAUUUUGAAAGCGUACUGUUAGGCAACGCUAACGAAUACACUCAACCAUCUCGAUGCUGGUCUUGCGUACCGCUGAACUGGCAUAAUUUUUACUUUUUAAAACCGAAGACUUUGUGUUUAAAGCCUUUUGCGAAACGAAUAACGCUGUUUCCACAUUUUUUGCCGCUGUACAAGAUUCUGGUAAAGCCGAACCAAGAUAACAAAAUUGAGAUACCUGAACCGGAUUCGGGGCGCAAGUUCGGCGAUGAUUAUGAAAAUAUUGAAAAUGGCCGAUGCUGUUUUGAACGCUGUCAGAACUACAGACUGGAGCGCAAUAUUGUUAAGAAUGCAAAGCUGGUUAUAAGUAAGAAGACAAACGUGUCAGAGUACGAGGAGAUGAAGGAGUUUGUCAAAGCCGAGAUAGAUGAUAUGAAAGAAAAAGUGCAAAAAAUGUUAGAGAUAUUGGAAUCGAAGUACUAAAUCUAAAAGUGCAUCUUUUAUUAAAAACAUUUGUGUUGUGCUAUGUUAUUUUAUGCUAUAAUUAUUAUUAUAUAUAAAUAAACGGCAUUUAAUUCAAUGUAAAGUUGUCUAUUAUAAUGUUAUUUAAUUAAGUAAUUGAUAUUCCACUAAACUAAGCAUUUUAAUAUUUAUUCUUGCUUCUUAACAUUUAUG